CCGGCGCCUCCAUCGCCAUCUUCUUCUUCUUUAGCUCUCUGUCUGAUUUUGUUUAGCUUUGAGCUUUGAGCUUUGUGAGCUACUUCUGAUUCCGGCCAUCACGCAGCUUCAGAUAGUUUCAGUCUAAAUCAAAUAAAUGAAGAAAAAGAUGAUAGCCAUAGGUUUUGAGGGUUCAGCUAACAAGAUUGGAGUUGGAAUUGUGACAUUAGACGGUACAAUCUUAGCGAAUCCUCGGCAUACGUAUAUAACACCGCCUGGUCACGGUUUCCUUCCUAGAGAGACUGCACAUCAUCAUCUUGACCAUGUUCUUCCUUUAGUCAAAUCAGCUCUUGAAACUUCUCAAGUUACUCCUGAAGAAAUUGAUUGUAUUUGUUAUACGAAAGGUCCUGGGAUGGGAGCGCCGUUGCAGGUCUCAGCCAUUGUUGUUAGGGUGUUGUCACAGCUUUGGAAAAAGCCUAUUGUUGCUGUGAAUCAUUGUGUGGCUCACAUUGAGAUGGGGAGAGUAGUUACUGGAGCUGAUGAUCCUGUUGUUCUGUAUGUGAGUGGUGGGAAUACUCAGGUGAUUGCUUAUAGUGAAGGUAGAUACAGGAUUUUUGGUGAGACCAUUGAUAUUGCUGUUGGCAAUUGUUUGGAUCGGUUUGCUAGAGUCUUGAAGCUUUCUAAUGAUCCAAGCCCUGGUUAUAACAUUGAGCAGCUUGCAAAGAAAGGAGAAAACUUUAUUGAUCUUCCGUAUGCUGUUAAAGGUAUGGAUGUAUCGUUCAGCGGAAUCUUGAGUUAUAUUGAAACUACCGCAGAGGAGAAACUCAAAAAUAACGAGUGCACACCAGCAGACUUGUGCUAUUCCCUUCAAGAAACUGUGUUUGCAAUGUUGGUUGAGAUCACUGAAAGAGCGAUGGCGCAUUGUGACAAGAAAGACGUUUUGAUAGUUGGUGGUGUCGGGUGUAACGAGCGUUUGCAGGACAUGAUGAGGACUAUGUGCUCUGAACGUAACGGAAAGCUAUUUGCAACGGAUGACCGUUACUGUAUCGACAAUGGAGCGAUGAUUGCUUACACGGGUCUACUCGCGUUUGUUAACGGUACUGAAACGCCGAUCCAAGACUCUACCUUUACACAACGGUUUCGCACAGACGAGGUUCAUGCGGUAUGGCGAGAGAAAGAAGACUUGGUACUUGGUGAUAAGAACAUUGCUGCUAAUUGAUUCUGUAUCCAUUCUUCAUUUUUCAUCCAAUUUGAGAUUGAUUAUCUCUCGACUCUUUACAUGUGUUUUAUUUAGUCAGAUUAUACGAUUGUUAAAUUAUGAUUUGAGAAUAGUUUUGUGAUGGGUGUGUAACAACGCUUUCAAAUUUCAAAGUGAGCUUUUGUUAAAGUUCAAAUU